AAACAGCAGGCGGCAGUAGAGCGCUGAAGAAGAAGAACAGGAAGCGUCGUUGUUUUUGACGUCACUUCCUUUCGACGUCACUUCCUUUCGGUUCGAACGUGUUUAGUGCAAAAAAGGAAAAUGGCAGCUAAAAUCAGCGAGGACUAUCCACAGGAGAUAGAUGAGCAGCUCACAGGCUUCGACUCCUCAGUUACUGAAGUCAAAACCAUGUUGGAGAAGCUGAUGGCGAUGAACAGAAACGACCUGCAGCAGAAGUUGGAUCCUUUAGAUCAAGCCAAACUGGAUCUGAUGUCUGCCUACAGUCUGAACUCAUUAUUCUGGAUGUACUUGGUAACACAAGGAGUAAAUCCCAGAGAACACGGAAUCAAACAGGAAUUAGAGCGAAUCAGGACUUACAUGAACAGAGUGAAGGAGAUCACUGACAAGAAGAAAGCUGCCCGUCUGGAUAAGGGAGCCGCUGCUCGCUUUGUCAGAAACGCUCUUUAUGAUGCGGAAGACAAAGAUUCUAGGAAAAAAGUAGCAUCUAAGAAGGCAGCGGACGCAACAGCUGAGUCCCCACAGCCAAAGCGUCCGAAGCAGAACUGAAAUACAGGAGGAUCUGUGCAGGUUUAAGGUGACGAACACUGAAGGAAACGUCUUAUAAAAUCAUAGGACUGAUCACAGACGGCAGCAUAAGGCUGCUAAGUAUGCAUUGCAGUUUAAAUAUGUUGGCAUCAUAGAUUGGGGUCAGAUCCUUGGUCAAUGUUGCCCUGCAGCCAUCUUCAAAUGUUAAAAAGAAAACUGCCGUCUGAGUUUAACAUAUUUCUAGACGCUGAUGCUGCCUCUGGAUUAACAGAUAUCAUCCUGUAACAUUCUUCUGAUGUUACUUUAUACAAAUCUUUGUAUUUUGAAAGUGAUUCUAUGAAUCAUGAGUUGUUGGUUUUUUUUUUUGCAUUAGUAUGUUUUUACACACAUCGUGUUUCAGAUGCACUGAGGAAAACUUUUAGUGGUUUAAUAGUUUUUAAGAUUUCCUCCAGCAUAAAGAAAAUACUCUAGACUUUGUAUUUGAUUUUUUUUCCCUCGAUGAAACUUAUGAUGCAAAAUGUUACCUGAGCUGUUAGGUAUGAAAGGUCAGAGUAGAGCUUUUCCAUAGAAGAUAGUUUGACAUGUAACAGUAAGAGAAACUGAUAUAAAUAUUAUAAUUAAUGAUGACUGAAUGUCACUUUUCAUGGCAUGCCAGCUCACAGUGGCACUAACCAUAAGGCGAAAGAUUAAAAAGAUUGUAUUCAACAUUAAAAACAUUACUUUGUGCAAAAAA